AUGGAUGACACAUCUAAAGAGGUAGUCUACAAGGUAGCAACUUCAAAGGAAGUUGAGAAUGACACAAGUUUUGAGGAACAACUUUUGGAAACAACAUCUUCACAAGAUUACCGAAAUAAGGAGUAUGAGCAAGCGAACCUUAAGGCACAUGUGGAGAUAAAACCAAGUUCAACACCAUCUGAUCUUGCUUCUAAGAUCAUCCCCAUUAAGGCUAAGUUGAUACCAAACAGUCUACAUGCCACUAGAGAAGAUGAAGUUGACACAAACAACAUCUUGUUUCAAGAAGAACCACCAGAUCAAUCAUUAAAUCAACCAACCUUGUUGAUUUUGAAUGAUACACUCAUCGAUGAACUAUGUCAAGAGCCACCGGAUCUCAAAGCUCAAGCGCAGAUCCAAAGAGGAGCUAAGCACGCUACACAAUCAACCAUGAUACCGGAUCAAAACCGAGGCGUGAUCCUAUCUUUCCUGCUCAGAGGAGAGCAACUUGAUGCACCACACAUCACAAAACCAAAACCAUACCGAGGGAGAGGGUAUGAUGCGGAUAUUAGAACUAAACCAAACCGGGAGCAUGGCGAACCAACCAGUCCACACACCAAACUGGUCCACGAAGAGCAUCUUGGAGAAUCUUUUCCCAAAUGGAGUUCUGAUCAAGCACAAAGAGAAGGGUUAAUUAUUCAUCAUCAAAUUAACCCUAAGGAGUACAAUGGUUCAAGAGGGAUCAAGCAUCAGCAAGUCAAAUCACCUCAUUGUUGGAAUAUGACUGUUGCACUCUUUUUCCCUUGUCUAGGGUUUUUCCCACUGGGUUUAUCUAGAAAGGUUUUUAAUGAGGCAACACCAAGUCAUCAAGGAAUCACUUACCAUCCAUCUGAUUCAAAGAUGGCACAAGAAGUCAUAGCUGAAGUACUUGUUGAACUACUUGCUGGACAUGCUGAACUACUUGCUGACAGACAUGCUGAACUACUUCCUGAUGGACUUGAACUACUCGCGGAUGAAGCAGACAUCGUUGCAAGUUAUGAAGAGUUUCGGCCUUUUGACACUUGGACCAGUCCUAGAGGGAGCCCACACACCUAUUUGAUUCACCACAAGUCUCCAGCCCAUGGAGAACAACCCAAGAGAAGACCCAAGUCCAAGCCACCCUUUGAAUCAUGUCCAUUGAUCUACUUGGAGCCAGAUAAGGAAACUUUCAUUUACAUUCACUUGGACGUGUCCCAAAGCUACAUAUGGAAACCAAGAGAACCUCUAAAGCCACCAGAGAAUAUUUGGAGGAUAUUCACAAGCAAUAAUAGCCAUUGGAUCAGGCGGAUUCAAUCUUAUUAUUACUUGCUCUUUUUGACCCGAUUGUCAUCAAUGCACAACGACUACUUCCUAAUCUAA